AUGCCGGGAGUUCCUGGCGCCCCAGGGCCGCAAGGGCAACAAGGAAAAGAUGGAGCUAAGGGGGAGCCUGGUGUCAAGGGACCGAGAGGUAUGACGGGAACUAGAGGACAAAAGGGAAAUCCAGGGUCACUUGGUAAAAAUGGUGCACCUGGAAUGAUGGGAAUAAAAGGAAAUAAAGGUCAUGAAGGGUCACGUGGCAGCAGUGGACCGCCAGGAAUCAAGGGUGUGAAAGGAGAGCAGGGAUCUAAAGGAGAGAAAGGAGAAAUCGUGAAUAGUGCAGUGUCAGAGACCAACUGGAAACAGUGUGUGUGGAAAAAUCUAGAUGAUGGUAGAGAUAGUGGAAAGAUUAAGGUACAGAAAUAUCUAGAAAAUGCAAUGAAAAAUAAAUAAAGCGUUAGAGCCAAUUUGUCAUAGCCAUCUCUGAAAGAGACCUUAGAGAAAUGCUAUCAAACUGAAAAUAGCAAGUUGCUAAUCUGUGCAAAGGAGAGAAAGGAGAAAUCGUAAAUAGUGCAGUGUCACAGACCAACUGGAAACAGUGUGUGUGGAAAAAUCUAAAUGAUGAUAGAGAUAGUGGAAAGAUUAAGGUACAGAAAUAUCUAGAAAAUGCAAUGAAAAAUGAAGUAAGUGUUAGAGCCAAUUUGUCAUGGCCAUCUCUAAAACAGACUUUUGAGAAAUGCUGCCAAACUAAAAAUAUCAAUUAACAAUUCUGUGCAUUCAAGCAGACAGGAAAAGUAUAAGGUCAUCAUCAAAUUAUUUUCUAUAACACUCCUAUGAAAGGUUUUUUUGCACUAAGACCGUCUUCUUGACAUUUUUUAAAGGAUUGCUCAUUCAACAAGCUUCAAUCUGAUACAGCUAUUAAAGUCUCAUUCCAGGGAAAUAUGAGAGUCGAUGGCACUUCAAGUAAAUGCAACCGGUGGUUCUUCAAGUUUAAUGGAAAUGAAUGCAGUGGACCAAUGACAAUUGACGCUGUUGUGUACAACAACUGGCCAUCUGGGAAUCCUAAUCUGCUUCAUCACAGAUCAUUUGAGGGAUACUGUGAAAACAUUCCACAGGGCAGGGUUACUGUGGAGUUAUGGGUAGGACAGUGUCACGGUAGUUAUCCACUGGGUGAUGCUCACACUGGAUGGAACUCAGUAUCCCGUAUAAUGAUAGAGGAAGUGUCUAGAGCCCAGUCCUGAUUACUCUCGUCGUUUUCAUACAAGGAAUGGUGAACAAUAUUAUACUAUAUAUAUAUACUAUAUAUUCUCUUUUUCAUUCCUCCAUUACUUUAGAUUUCAUAAUAUUCUCACAUUUCCAUGCUGCCCAAAAAUUGAAGUUACUGUUUAUCACAAGUACUAUUUUGCCCUGAUAAUGUUGGAUGUUAUGAGGAUUCCUUUUUUCUAAUUUAAACCUUCUGCUUUUUUUAAUCCCGUGUACUUUAUUUUAUGCUAUGUACCACAAGAUACCUUCGUCCCCUCCUGAAAAUGUUUCCUGAAUUAUUUUAGGUUGGUCUCUGCAUUACAAUAAAACUCUUUGACAUGUGUUAGUCAGCAAAAUUAUAGUUUCUAUAGUCAUUAGUGAUAUGUGCUUCUUUGGAUUUUUGUUUACAUUACAAACCAGGUGUUUCUCACUUUUUGUCAUUAUUUCUAUCAUCUUUUCCUCAGUAUCUUGAAAAAUAGUCUUGAAGCCCUUUAAAAACAUUCAAUGAAGACAAGAGAUUCCUUGUGCGAUCACAAAUUGAAGGAAAAAUGUUGAUAAUGGGAUCUCACAACUGAUUCAAUAUUUUUCAAUCGAAUUGUAUUUACAACUAGUUUCUUUUUCAGGGAAAUAUGUGACCCUCCAUGGGAAAAUGGACACUAACGCUUUUCCGUUAAACGGUGUAGAGAAACGGUUUUAAAUUGAUAAUAAACGGCUAACUCAAGCGUUUAAACGGUUUCCAUAACGGCUUAAACGGAUGGCAAAAAAUUUAAAAGGUUGACCAAAGUCCAAAACCGGAUAGCUUAGGACUUCUAACGGUUCACCUAACAUAAAAACGGAUAGCACAAAACGUUAAACGGUUUACCAAAGUCCAAAAACGGAUAGCUCACACUGUUUAACGGUUGACCAAAAAUAAAAACGAAUAGCACGAAAAGUUAAACGGUUGACCAAAGUCCAAAAGCGGAUAGCUCACAUUGUUAAAACGGUUGACCAAAAAUAAAAAACGAAUAGCACGAAAAGUUAAACGGUUGACCAAAAAUAAAAAACGGAUAGCACGAAAAGUUAAACGGUUGACCAAAGUCCAAAAACGGAUAGCUCACACUGUUAAACGGUUGACCAAAAAUAAAAACGGUUAGCCCGAAACGUUAAACGGUUGCUAAAAAUCGGAGAGCUAAAAAUCAAUGUUAAACGGUUGUGGUUGAGCCGGCAAUAUCUUCUGCGGAAAAACUUUCCGAGUGACAACGGAUAAUUAUCUUAAAGCGAAAACAUUGAGCUUGAUGAUUCGAAAAAUAAUAACCAGUAUAUACUUGCGCAUUUUAUUUCUGGGUUAACUACUGCCGUUUUCGUGUGACAUUCAUGAAAUAAGGGCAAUUUGCUGAGAAUAGUUUAGCUGCCAAAAAUCCCGAACGGCUACUGCGAGAAACUCAUAAUCUUCUCCUUUGUUUAUUCUUAUUAUUAUUGAAAAUGAACUUCGUGUUUUUUUUGUUCUGAAGUUUCGCGAAAAAAAUUUGCAUACGUAAUUCCGCCACCUUGUCGGAAGCCGAGACGCUUCAAGGUCAAAUAACGCAAUGAAGUUCCAUUGCAAAUAAAAGGUCGAAUCGGUGUCACGCACCAAGCGGGGCCGUUGAAAUGAUUGUCAAUAAAACCAAGAAAGAUAAAUUAAGAUGAUAUAAACAGAGAGUAGCCGAUUUAGCAGUCCAAUUCGGCAGUCCAUCGACUGGGGGUCUGCGAAAUAAACCAACCCAGCUCACUGCGGCUGAAACACAACCCGAUAAAUGCUAGACAGCAUAAGGUCAGUUCAACUGUAAAUUGAAGUAAGCUUAUUUACAUGUUUGCUAAGGCGAGACUUCGAGUUAACUUUACUUUUGAUGGACUUCCACACCUUUUCUUUCUCCGUGGCAGAUUCAAUUAGAAAGUAGCUAAACACUAGCACCCUCAACGCUUGAAGUAUGUAACAUCUAGCCGCUGUUUAUUGUGGGUGCCGUCAGUGUUGCUGUUGCUCAGCUCUUCCGAGGUAUAGAAGAAAGGCAAAAGUUUCAGAGCGCACCGGUGCCUCUCUUCUUCCUUUUCCAAGACGUCUCGCACCCCUUUCGAUUUGCUGGGCGUCACCAACGAUCGUAUGACGUCUUCACCGACUUUAUCGUCCUCGAGGGUUGUUGACUGAAUUGCCGGUGUCCGAGCGGAUUUGGAUCCCUCAACAGAACUGAGUGAAAACAUCAUCCUCAACGUUCUCGUAGAAAUAGACAAUACUUUACGUUUCAAUGCGUACUAAAGUAUGUUUUUAAUUCAAAAUAUGCGUAUCUUCGAUGCAUACGAACUGGCAGCUAGAAAUGGCCCGUCGGAUGUUUCUUUUGACCAAGGGAAAAUGUACAAGCAUUUAGUUCAAUGUUCGGAGAAAGGUCGUUUUUGAACCUUCUCCGUGAUAAUCGAACACCGUUAGAUUCAGUAAGAGACAAACUUAUGACACUAAUGUUACUGUUCAAUGCCCAAGUGUUGGGACGACAUGGUACAGUGCGAGUUUGUUAUUUCAGAUACCUCAACAGUUAAUAAUCGUUAAAAUUAGAAAAUAAGAUUGAGAUCGAUGAAAUAGUCUCCACUUUUGUUAAGACGUAGACAUUAAUGUCGAUUUGCAUCUGAAAAUAAGCUGAGAGUUCCAAUAGUUCAGAAUAGAAACAUUUUUUCUUAUCAUAGGCUUUACGAACGACUUGUAGUAGGAGUUGUUACUUCGUUCUUGUUCAGAAACUGUUUAAUGUUAUUUAAUUAGAAAAUCAGACUGAGUUAUUUUUGUGACUAGACGCAAUAGUCUCCACUAUUGUUAUGACGUUUCGUAUCAAUGUUGAUUCGCAUCAGAAGAAGCAAAGAUUUAUUGUUACAAUUUCAAUCGUUCGAAUACAGUAGUUUGUUCGCAUCUAAUUCUUGCGUAUACUGUACGACUCGCUAUGAUAAAUGCGGCAGGAUUGGAACGAAAUGGCUGUUUUUCUUCACCUUUAUUGAGGAAUGUUGUUUUGUCAUAUAAAAGAACAUCGACAAAAAGCUUGCAAAUAGAAUUAGUUACCAAAUUUGAUGCAAACGAUGCUUAGUAGGAAAGUUUGUUGGGGGGCCCAAAUCUGCAAAGAGGGGUUCAUAUCCGCUAGCGGAUUUGGACCGGGGGGGUCCAAAUCCGCGGUGGCACUGGCGUUAUUAUAUUUUUUCCAUCCUGUUUGUUCUUGUACAUCCUUUCGAUUUGCUGGUACAUCUGGACUCUCUUUUUAUGAUAAAAAACAAACAAAAAAACAAAUAAAAAAUAGCAAUGGAUGACAGUCACAGACCACGGUUAGCCUGAGCUCACAACAAGAGUAUUAUUUUUCUUUUCUUCAAAAGAUGAGAUGUAAAAUGGCAGUUUCGUGAAGCAGAACAUUACUCUCGCCUUGCAGAAGAAGUCUGUUUUAUUAGAAAGUUUGAAAUAUUUUGGAGAGUUUAUAAGAAAGUAAAAAGUUUUAGUAAGCAAAGUUAGGAAUUAUUGUGUUGCUAUUUAAGUCUCAUUCCAGGGAAAUAUGAGAGUCGAAGGCACUUCAGCUAAAUGCAACCGGUGGUUCUUCAAGUUUAAUGGAAAUGAGUGCAAUGGAUCAAUGACAAUUGAUGCUGUUGUGUACAACUAUUGGCCAUCUGGGAAUCCUAAUCUGUAUCAUCACAGGUCAUUUGAGGGAUACUGUGAAAAUAUUCUACAGGGCAGGGUUACUGUGGAGUUAUGGGUAGGAAAGUGUCUCAGUGGUCAUACAUUAGGUGAUGCUUACACUGGAUGGCAAUCAGUAUCCCGGAUAAUGGCAGAGGAAGUGUCUAGAGCCCAGUCCUGAUUACUCAUGUCAUUUUCAUCCAAGGAAUGGUGCACAAUAUUUAAUUUUUCUAUCAUCCUAGCUUUUAAGAUUUCCCCCACUAUCGAUAUCCUAAAGUACGUAAUGUUUACUUUUUUCAACAAACAUCAUUUUCUUCUCUAAACAUUUCCCCUACUUUUAGUGUGCUUGGAGUACAAGAUAAUUAGGUUUCAUCAUCUGAGAUGAUAAGGUUACUGAUUUCUUUUCAAUCGCGGGAGAAGGAAAGACUGCUUGUAAUAUAUAACUAACAAAUAUUUACCAAAGUAGAGGUGGCUGGUGGAAGAUAUUUCCCGAGCUGCGAAGCGGCGAAGAAAAUAUCCACCCUUGCCACCCACAUUGAGUUGAAUGGUUGUUUUAGUGAAUUAGUCUAUCCUAAAAAAAGUGAGUAAAUAUAGCACAAAAAAAAUCACUCAUUUAUUCUUGCAAUGGCUAGAAUAAAUUUCUGGCGCGCGCGUUGCUUAAAGGUGAAUAAGAAAGGAAAUGCAGAAUUUGAGCAACCAAUCAGAGCGCGAUUUCAACGCUAUCCACUACAAAAACACCUUUCAUCACAUGCACAACUGAACUGGCAAAUAUCCACACCUGAUAAUGAAACAGUAGAAAGCAAAAAAUUAUUAUAUGCGUGAUAUUUUUUCUGUUUUUUUUUUCCAUUUUAUUGAUAUUGAAUUGGACCCUUUUGAGAAGCCAGUCUGCAAUUUGCUUCAUUAAAAUGUAUCAACAAAUUUUGAACAUGAAAAUCUAUCGCACCGCCAUAUGAUAAACAAGAAUCAAACAGACGGUUUCUAAAAAGUUUUGAGCUAUUUUGAUAUCGAUCGGGAAUAUACAUGAAUAUCAUAAUCGACCAGAGGACAAAUGAACAUGAUCACAGACCAUAUUAAACUUAUUUUCCUUCUCAAUAUGGCAAGUUUGAUCACAACACGAACAUUUCGUGGCACCGAUUUUUCUGGCUAAUUUCUCUGACUUUUCUCUUAUUUGGUGUAAAUAAGCACGAGUAAAUUUUUCAAAGAUGACAAAAUUUUAUGAGCCCGAAGUAGAGUGCAAUUUGCAGUCAUUUAAAAAUUUACAAGACGUUAAUUUAUCUCAUUUGUGUCAGUAAAUAACAUGAUUUCGAGUGCAAUUUGGUGUAAAUAGGCACGAGUAAAUUUUUCAAAGAUAACAAAAUUGCACGAGCCCAUAGGGAGGGUGCAAGUUGUAGUCUUUAAAAAAUUUACAACAACAUAGUGACACCAAAUUGCAAGAGAAAUCAUCAUAUUACUUGCUAUUAUAAAAUUUUCAGAGAAAUGCGCGCUGUGAUUGGACAUAACGAGUUCGCUAUAUUUCCAUAAGGCACGUGCCUUACGUCUCACGAGUGCACUGUUGAGAUAUAGUGUACGCAGCCAACGUCAUCGGUACGAGCGCACGCAAUUCACGAUACGUUUUCUAAAAGAAAUAAAAAAGCUUGUUUCUCGAGCAUUGUUUAGUUAUAUAAGCACUGGGGAAUUUUUUAGAACACUCGCGAAGUGCAAGAAGCACUCGCCUUCGGCUCGUGCUUCUCCGUGCUUAUAUAACUCAACAAUACACUCGGCGCGUUUUUUAUUCUUUAAUAAUGUACAGGGGGAAAAAAACGCAGAAAGUCCAGACAGACGAAAUUUUGAAGGCGUGCGGGGGCCAUUUGUAAUCAAUUUGCACUCGUGCUACAACUUUGCACGCGUGUUUCAUGAGAAUGCAAUCGUUUUCAGCUAAUCAGAAGCGCGUAAAUUUUUCCUGUACAUUAUUAAAAGGAUUAAAGCGUUUGUUACAUUUUUCGGGAUUCGAGUGCGGCGUUUAAUUUAUACGAGGGCAGCGUUUCUGAAACAUUUCUCGGGAUCCCUUGUGUCUUGCCGUGAUCGACCGCUGCAAAUUAAAAACAAUGUACCAGUUCAACUAGCGUAUCAAAUAACUGACGUCAUGCGGCCUCAAACCCACAGGGUUGUCUGCCUGUAGCAACAUUGUGGGAACAUUCACUGCUCCGAGGUGCACUGUUAGGGGGAAAAUUAUGUGUUUUAGUUUUGGACAAAUUUUCAGUAUUUUACGGCCGCGCAGUUCAAAUUUAUUUUACCGGUUUCGACCUAGUUUCUGUGUUCUGUUCGUUCUUUGACUCGACCGGUUGAGCGGUAAGGAAUCAUGAACGAGUUGUUCUAUUCAAAUUGUUAUUAUUCAAAUUUUUGUUAUUAUUGUAAAAGUUAUAACCAGAAAAAGUGAAUUGUUGAUAUAUAUCACAAAAUAUUAUAUUUAGGGUUUUCGUGGGUUUUUGGGCAAACAUCUUUAAUAAAUAUUCAUACACUUUCGCAUUUGAAAUAUUCGUUUAUUCGGGUUUUUCUUUUUAGUAGUUAAAUAAAAUGUAUAAAAACCACAGUGGCUUUUAGAAUAGAGUUUGCUUGUUAUUCGCUUCCACCAUGCACCUGCAUGUCGGUAUUUUUGUUGUUCGUAGGUAAAUAUAAGUGUUAUUGGUCUUUUUGGCCAAAAUUAGUUCUCAUGGUAGUUUGCAGCUGAGUUUAUACUCGAAACUUCAAUUUCCUUUCGUACGAUCAGACUUAACACCAACCUUGCAUAGAUUAGCAGGAACUUUUAAUUACUUUUCCGCUCUUAUUUCCUAAGCUGCGCUACUGCAAUUUAGAAAAGUACAUUUUCCAUACCAGAGCUGUGACUUCUCACCUAAGUUUCCUAAUUUUAAUGGCCUCGAGUUUGUCAUAUCCGUCCUUUUAAUUUGUAAUUCUUCCUUGGUAGAAACAGUUGGGAAUAUUUAAGUAGUUUUCGUUUAACUUCAAAGAGACCUUUUCCGCUCCUUUGUGUCCUUAUUCAAAUAUUGCGAUUUGUGUAACAAUAGCACUUCACACCAGUUAGUUGAAAAAGCAGCUACCUUGUACAGUUUAGUUGAUUGCAAUUUGUGUACGCUAGAGGUCAUGCCGCUUGUUGGCCUGACUUAGAAUAAAGCUUACUGUGGAACCAAAGAUUGUCUUAUCCUUGACGUCCGUAUAAGCUCGCUCGAAGUAGAUCUCCGUGUACCAGGGAAUCGUGACGAGUUUCCGUUCUCGCUGCCAAGUGGUCUCUACCGAGUUAUUUCCCCCAGUUAUUGUGCCGUCCGCAGAGAUUCAGUUUCCCAGUUUGGGCGCGAAAACCUAUCGUCACGGCAUUCGUCAGGUGAAAAAUUUAUUUGUUCUGGCGAAAACAUUUUGCAUCAUCAUCCAACAGAAAUUGCUGCGCUGUCUGAACAGACAAGUAAGUAUAGCAAUGAACAACUAGUACGUACACCCAAUCAAUAUAUACAGUUUUUUCUUUCCAGAUAUCCAUCUUUGCUCAAGGAUAUUCUGGCAUUCCAGGAUCGAAUGGUAUACCAGGAAUGCAGGAAUUCCUGGUGCCCCAGGGCCGCAAGGACAACAAGGAAAAGAUGGAGCUAAGAUGGAGGGAACGAGAGGCAUGACGGGGAGAGGAAGGGGAAAAAGGAAAUGAAAGGUCACGUGGUAAUAAUGGUGCACCUAGAAUCAAGGGAAUUAAAAAAUAUAAUUGCAAUGUAGGUUGUUUUGGUGGCAGAUGCUUUAGAAACGCUUUAAGGUGGCCAAUUUACAUUAUCAGUUCAGUUAAUAAAACCUUAUUAUCUUGUAAUACCACUCACUGACGUAGUACCACAGUUACAAAAUUACCCUCUUUGAACAUCUAAGGGCUUGGCCGCCUUUUCCUGCUGCAUUUUGCUGCUUAAAACACAGGGGUGAAACAGACGAAUGCUAUCACCUAUUUCCUAAAUCAAACACGUUAUUACGCCAGUUUAAUUAGAUUCUCAGUUAUAUAAGUAUUCGAACGUUUGGGGAAUCGCUUGAGUAAACUGGGUGGAAGGCACCAUGAAUAUUGGAUCCUAAAAUCUUCUUAUUUUAGGUAACAUGUCUUCCUGCUACAACUUUAACCUAACUAACUCUCGCUAACUACUACGACCAAAAAGAUAUGCAAAGAUCGAUAUUCUCACUUGGUUGUGUUUUCUUAACCUUGGAAGUUGACACCACACCUGUGCACUAUGCGAGAUAGGGGUAUAUAAGGCUGUGUGAAAAAUAAUCUGAAGCAUUAAAGGCUUACAUUCUUGAGAUAAAUUCUGUUAUCCAAUAACAGUAACAGAUGUGACCCUUCCGCUGAUAAAAAACCUUUAAGUCUUGUGGAAAAUGAAAUGAAAUACCUAAAAUAGUGAUAAUUAGUAGAAACAUCACUUUCGAGAACAAACCAAAAGUGACACAAAAAUAUCGUUCUUGAUUUUUAACUACACAACACGAGCCUACAAUUCGCACCACUGACUAACACAAAACAGAUUUUGGAGACGAAAAUAUAUCUCACCGCCUCAAUGUAAGUAUGAAUACCGUAAUCGACCAUACAACAAAUAAACAUGAUAUCAGGCGUUUCAGUGUCCGCAGAAACGCUCUCCUGAACUUCUAAGGGCUUGACCGCUUUUAUCCUGCCGCAGUUGGUGAAUUAGAAGGCUGUUAUCUGUAAUAUUUAAUAGCAGGUCAAAUUAACCAAUGCUAUCACGGUGCCGCUACGAGCCAUUUGCAGGGGGAAGAGGGAGAGAGGGAGUGAACCGAUACGAUGAUACGAUCCGCCCAUUGCUGACUAAAAAGUUAGCAUAUACCCUUUAAUGUCAAUAGGUGCGAUUUUACUGACACGUUGUUGCUCCAUAGUGCUACUGAGGUAAGUUUUCAAUCAGCGCAACGGACUCAAUGAUCGUUCUGUGGAACACGAUGUAGCAGGUAUCACAGCAAGAAUAUGUACCACUUUAGAAAACUGGAAACGUAUCAAACAGAUCAUUCUCGUGCAUUACCCUGAGCAUCUCUGAAACAGUUAUGUGGCCUAAUGCACGCACACGACGAAAGCUCGCGUACAUUUUCUUCUCGGGCUCCAGAAUCUCGCCGCCGAUUUUGUAAAAUUAACAUCGCGGGAGAAGCUUUCAUUAUCAGGUGCUUCACUGUGACAGAGAGUUCCCAAAGUACAGAUUAUUUCUACUAAACCUGGGCUCAAGCUCGGUCAGCAUCUUGUCGAUGGACGCAUAAUAAGCGUUAAUAUAAGGUGGUGCAAUUCCGAUGUCAGAUGCCUUUAUCCUGCACGUGAUCGCCUACAAGGUCUUGAAGGCUGCGCGAUGGCGUUUCUCAGAGUGCCCUGGCUUCUCGUAAUUCAAACUGAGAACUGGGGAACCACCUCUAAAUUUUCAGACCCAUUGCUAACAGUAUUUGCCAUACGCUGUUGAAACUUAUUUCUUGACUACGACACUGGCGUCUGUAAGGUCAUGUCGUCAUUUCUAGAACUGCAGAUGACAUCGAACGUCUUCCCCUGAAGAUAUCAGCACAGAUUAUAAGUGUUGCUCAGAACUACUCUCAACACUCACAGUCCGAAGAUGAAUUUAAAUGAGUUUUACUACGCCUACUUAAACUUAAAAUUAAAAAAAUAUCACUUUCAAAGAAAAAAAGACGAAACGAAACUUGGAAACUUUUAUUAAAAUUGGCUUUGCCAAAAUUUCUCUUGCUGCCCAAAAAAUCUGAGUUGCCCAAAAUUUGGGAGGGGGAGGGGAGGGGGUGGCAGCCCCCAGCUCCCCUGGCCCGUACGCUCAUGGGUGCUAUCACCUGUUUCUUCGAUCAAACACAUAUAGUUUCGGUAAAAUUUGAUAUCACUGAGACGGGUCUGCAAUUUGUACCAUCAUUAAAUGUCGACAGAUUUUGACUACACCACCUCAAGAUAGGUUUGAGUCUAACAUGUGGCGCUUGAAAAGGUUUACACUAUUUUAGAAUGGAUCCAAUAACACGAAUAUCGAAAUCGAGCUAAGGACAAAUGAACAUCAUAUCACAGACUAUAUCGAACUUUCCUUCUUAAUAUUUCUCGAUUGAUCAAAGUAGGUAGAUUUUGUGACCCAGAUUUUUCUGCGUAAUUUCCCUGAAUCUGAGUGAAACAUUGGUCUGUUGGUCAGUACGUGCUUCAUUAGUGAACUGAUAUGGAUAUCAGUUGUUUGCUCGGUGUGUGGGUUCGAGUAGCUUCAGACAUCCUUAUCAUUUAGCUCCAGCGCUUUUUAAUUAAGGUUGUUAUUUUAACAUGGUCACUAACAUUUUGCAUUAGUUGAAAUUCAGUAGGAUAUAAAUAGGCACGUACAUAAGGAGAUAUUUUACAGCGACCACAAAGUAUUCGCGCGAAGCAACCAUCAAAGUAUGGGGAAGCUUCUGAUUCUCGCUUCUUUGUCAUUUUUCGCAUCCAAAACAGGAGUAAGUUCCAUGGGAAUAACCACUAGUCCUCAACAACAGAAUCCACAAACUGGCGCUGACAAAGACCCAUGUGAGGUUCUUUUGAGCAUGCUUUGUCUACGAUUAUUUACCACAAAAUCGCAUGUAAUUCAUGAAGCGUCCAUUUGUCAUACCUUAGUUUACCACUCAUGUCUGCCAAGCUAAGUGCAAAACAAAUCCCUCAUCAACCAUUAGUUUUGAAAGACAAAGUAGAACAUUACUGCACAGAGUUUUGUUAAAGGGAUAUCUCUACAACGUUAUGAGAUAUUUCAAUUUUGUGAGUUGUUUCUCCUAAAACGAAGCUAAAUUCUCGAUGUGAUUAGUUUCUGAAGGAACCGCUGUGCUCCUUUAGCAGACAACAAAAUAUCAAGGAACAUCAAGUACGUUCAUCCAAUUACUAUAUUUUCUUUCUUCCUUCUCAGAAAUCCGUUUUUGCUCGCGGAUUUUCUGGGAUUCCAGGAUCCAAUGGCAUACGAGGAAUGCCGAGAAUUCCUGGCGUCCCAAGGCCGCAAGGACAACAUGGAAAAGAUGGAGCUAAGGGGGAGCCUGGUUUCAAGGGACCGAGAGGUAUGACGGGAACAAGAGGACAAAAAGGAAAUCUAGGAUCACUUGGUAAAAAUGGUGCACCUGGAAUGAUGGGAAUAAAAGGAGAUAAAGGUCAUGAAGGGUCACGUGGCAGCAAUGGACUGCCAGGAAUCAAAGGUGUGAAAGGAGAGCAGGGAUCUAAAGGAGAGAAAGGAGAGAUCGUGAAUAGUGCAGUGUCACAGACCAAUUGGAAACAGUGCGUGCGGAGAAGUCUUAGUGAUGAUAGAGAUAGCGGAAAGAUU